AGUUGUAUAAGGUUCAACUCUGAACCAAAGUCAGCGACCCUCUAACCCUCGCUCAGUCACUUCAUCCUUCGCUGUUCGCUGGAGCACCUCUCCACCUCGGCACCUCCCAAUCGGCAAUCUGCAAUCACCGCUGGCAGCUCCACCUCUCACCUCCGCGCUGAUCAGGUAUUUUUGGUGAUUCCAUUAUUGUUUUCAAACGUCAAAAUCUAGUAAAAAAUGGAGAAUUUGGGACGAUUUGAUGUGAUUGUGAUCGGAGCCGGCGUGAUGGGGAGUUCAGCGGCAUAUCAAGCAGCUAAACGUGGUCAAAAAACUCUACUCCUUGAGCAAUUCGACUUCCUACACUACCGUGGAUCAUCUCACGGCGAAUCUCGAACAAUCCGAGCAACUUACCCGGAAUCUUACUAUUCUCCAAUGGUUGUUGAAUCGGAGAAGUUGUGGAGAGAAGCAGAAUCAGAAAUCGGCUAUAAAGUUUACUUCAAAACACAACAACUGGAUUUAGGUCCGGUGGACAAUAGUUCUCUCUGCGCUCUCAUUGCCAAUUGCAAAAAACACACGCUUAAUCACCAAAUUCUCGAUCGUCAUCGAGUGAAGGAACAUUUCACCCGUAAGAUUGAGUUUCCGGAAGAUUGGAUUGCGGUUGUGACGGAGCUUGGAGGUGUCCUGAAACCUACUAAAGCAGUUGCAAUGUUUCAAACACUCGCAAUCAAACAUGGUGCAGUGCUUAAAGACAAGACGGAGAUUGUCGAUUUGGUGAGUGAUAAGCAUAACGGUGGCGUUCUGGUGAGUAGCAGAUCGGGAGAACAGUUUUGGGGUAGGAAAUGCGUGGUCACAGCGGGAGCUUGGGUGAGUAAGUUGAUUCAAAAGGUAAGUAAUGGUGGCAUGGUUUUGCCGAUACAGCCAGUGGAAACAGCUGUGUUUUAUUGGAAGAUCAAAGAGGGCCAUGAACUUGAUUACACCAUAGAAGCAGGAUUUCCAUCAUUUGCAAGCUAUGGCGAGCCUUAUAUCUAUGGAACACCGGCUUUGGAGUUCCCUGAUCUGAUCAAAGUUGCUGUUCAUGGUGGGCGGGAAUGUGAUCCAGAUAAGAGGACAUGGUGGGCUGCUACAGGGUCAGAAGGGGCAACAAUGGUUAUCGGACAUCUUAAAGAAUGGAUCAAAUUAAGGUUUGGUGAUGGAGUUGAUUGGGAAGAUGGGCCAGUGAUUACUCAAUCUUGCUUGUAUUCCAUGACACCAGAUGAGGAUUACAUUAUUGAUUUUUUAGGAGGAGGGUUCAAUGAGGAUGUGGUGGUUGCCGGUGGUUUCUCCGGCCAUGGAUUCAAGAUGGCUCCAUUAGUUGGGAGGAUACUGACGGAUCUGGCCAUCGGCGGGAAGGCGGCAGCAGAACAACUUGAUGAAGACAUCAAGCAUUUUAAGCUUGGAAGAUUUGAAGGCAACCCCAGAGGAAAUGUGAAAGAGUUUGAAGACCAGGUUCGCCUUGCCUUAGGUAGGCAGUCUUAGAGGGUGUUGGUUAUUGCUUAUUUGAACUGCUUAUUAGCUUAUUCUGGUUGGGAUAUAUGCACAAAACCAAAACCAAUUAUAUAUGUAUAUACAUAAAAACCCUUAUAUUAUUUUUAUGUUCAGAAAAACCAUUAUAUUAUUAUUUAUGUUUUAAAUAAAACCAAAUUGUAAACUUUUAAGAGAAA